ACACCCACAGUCGCUUGCCAAAAGCACUUGCCACUACCGACGACAGCAGCACCUCUCGCUGAGCCGCGUUUAAAGCGCGCUUCCGGCUCAAAAAUCACGAACAGUUUUUGUGCGGCAAGUGAGGCGCUGACUGGGACUGUGGUGGGUCGCUUCAGUGCACCCAUUACGUCCAAUGAAAAGCAUGACCGCAGUGCGCGCAGCGGCAAACGUAGGAGAAAGCGUUGCAAGCGCAAGCUACGUAGCGGCGUCGGAGCGGAAAUGUACGGUGGAAUGGCUAAAACAAAUGCCACAGUCAAAACGCGCGCGAUUAGAACACUGACAAAGCGGCCAACAACGCUAAAUUCGGGUGGCCUAUUGACGUCAUUCAUUUUGAAUUCCACAUUACUGGCGUUAUGCAAUGCCACCGCCGCUACGGCGCUUUCAGCAGUGGCGGCAACAUUGGGGGAGUCUAUUCACAGCUCUGUGGGCGGUGGAACGCCUUCAACGCUUUCUGCCAACGGUGUGUUGAAUCCGUAUGAAAAUGUUAGCGUUGCUAAUGGUAAUAGCAGUCACGAUGGCAGUCAAAUAGCUACUGCCAAUGGCGGCACUAGUGAUAUUAGUUUUAAUGAUAGCGACAAUUUGCUGGAGGAAGAUGAUCGUGAAUAUAUAUUCGACCGCACCGAUGUGCGCAUCAUUUUUAUUACGCUCUAUACAUUGGUGUUUUGUUGCUGCUUCUUUGGAAACUUACUUGUGAUACUGGUUGUAACAUUAUCGCGUCGCUUGCGCUCAAUUACGAAUUUCUUCCUAGCAAAUUUAGCAUUAGCUGACUUUUGUGUGGGUCUAUUUUGUGUGAUGCAGAAUUUAUCGAUUUAUCUUAUAGAUAGCUGGGUGUUUGGCGAGUUCCUUUGCCGCAUGUAUCAAUUUGUGCAUUCGCUCAGUUAUACGGCGUCGAUUUUCAUUCUCGUCGUCAUCUGUAUGGAGCGUUACUUUGCCAUUGUCCAUCCAAUUACGUGUAAGCAAAUCUUAACGGCGACUCGAUUACGGCUGGCCAUCUUAACCGUUUGGGUCACUUCAGCCGUCUACUCAACGCCAAAAUUUGUAUUUAGCAAAACUAUUAAAAAUAUACAUACUGAGGAUGGGCAAGAGGAGGAGAUUUGUGUGUUGGAUCGCAAAAUGUUUAAUUCGAAAUUGUUGGAUAUGAUCAAUUUUGGACUGCUAUACGUAAUACCGCUGUUGGUGAUGACGGUGCUCUAUAGCAAAAUUGCCGUCGCUUUGUGGCGUAGUUCACACGGGCUUUCGCACCAUUUAGUCACACAGCAUCAGCAGCAGCAACAACAACAGCAGCAGCAGCAACACCAACAACAAGAUGAAAGCAUGAGCUUACACAACAGCAUGUAUCAUCAUCAACAUUCGCAACAUCAACAUCAUAAUCACAAUCAUCACCAACACCUGCAUCAUCAUCAACUACAACACAAUCAUCAUAUGCCCUAUAAUCAUCAUACAGCACAGACAACAACAACGACACUGCACAACAUCAAUCAUCAUCAUAAUCAUUUGCAGCAGACACAACAUGCCGAGCAACAGUUGCCCGGCGUUGAGUUGACGCAUACUACCGUUGUGGGCGUGGUUGGCAUGGGUAAUCUGAGUGGUUGUGGUGUCGGUGCGGGUGGUGUAGGUGUUGGUGUUGGUGGCAGUGGUGUUGUUGUCACCAAUAUGACGAGCGGUUUAUUGUCACGCAAGCAGAGCAGCAAAUACGAGAAACGCGGCGUCAGCAUCACCGAGAGCCAGUACGAAGGCAGUCAGGUUUCGCUCGACUCCGAACGCCCCAUUGUGUCGGCAUGCCGCAACGGCAGCAAUAAUAACGGUAACGGUAGUAGUGGUGGCAUCAGCGGUGGCAGCAUGAAUAGCACACAUAAAAGUAGUUUUAUGCAACAUCAUCAUCAUACAUCGGCGCAUCCGCAUCCACAUCAGCGAACGCGCGUCGCCCACAUGUCGCACUCGUCGAACAAUGUGUUGCGUGCCAGGCGUGGCGUUGUGCGCAUGCUCAUCAUUUUCGUAUUAACCUUUGCACUCUGCAAUUUGCCAUAUCAUGCGCGUAAAAUGUGGCAAUACUGGUCACGUUCAUAUCGCGGUGACUCGAAUUUUAAUGCGCUACUCACACCGCUCACCUUUCUCGUCACCUACUUCAAUUCGGGCAUUAAUCCGCUGCUCUACGCCUUUCUAAGUCGCAAUUUUCGCAAAGGCAUGAAGGAGCUGUUGCUCUGCUCGUGGAAGAAGGGCAAAGGCAAAUCCUCAUCGAAUUCAUCGAUGCAUCACAAGCGUGUGGCAUUGCAGGUAACUCACUCGCUACCAACCGACACAACGCAUAUUGGCAACGAACAGCUAUGAUGACCCAUACGUCGCGUGCGCGUACAACGGCGAGCUUUUGGCACAGCCUCGUAAGCGUCUCACCUAUAAAGCUGCAUGUAUCACAGUUAUAUUUAUGUAUUUCUACGUCAGUUGGCAAAUAAUUACUGAAUAUAAGUAAUAUAUACUCAUUAGUUAGUGCUUUGCUUUUCAACACUUCCGUUUUCCGACCAUUCGUUAUAAGAACUCUUCGAAUUUGCAUUGAAGUGAAAAUCAAAACAAACAAUUGCUGUGCUAUAGCUUUUUCUUGUAAUUUUAGGCAGUUUUAAGCAACAUUUUUAUCAAUGUGAUGUUUUUUGAAGCUUCAAAUGUGAUUAGUAAUAACGGUUUUUGGCAUAAACUCUAAAUAUUUGAUAUUUAUUGAACAUAAUAUUGUACAAUUAAGUAGUGUUUUAAUGUAGUUAAGUACAAGUAAUUAAGUAUAAAACUAAUUAUAUGAAUACACAGAUAUGAGAUAUGAGUACUGUUAUAUAAUAUAAUAAUAUUAAUAUGUGCUUGUAAAUAAGCUUGAAGCGUAACUUUUCUAUCUACUGUAUGUAUAUCUGGUGAUACAAUACUUAAUGAAAUAAUUUACUUAAAUCAAUUUAUUAAUUUUGUGAAUUACUUUGAGUUCUAG